AUGAGACGGCGCUCUCCGAGCAAAAUGGCGGCGGCGGCGGGAACGGGCCCCACGGCCACAGCCACGGCGGCCACGGCCAGGGCGCUCAAGGCCGCGUUCGCCUCAGACGUGGAAGAAGUGGCCUGGAAAGACGACGAGGUCUGCGUGGUGGGGAUCUUCGGCAAGACGUCCGAGCUGAGCGCCGAGAAGUACGCCAUCGUCAACACGCUGUGUGACAAGCCCGUCUUCCCCCUGUUUCCCGAGGCCGCGGAUGGCUCCCAUCACCAGGGCAACAACCUGCUGCAGAGCUACUACAACCAGGACAGCAGAGUCCUGUACCUGCUCCUCACCGCCGCCUGCGACAACCACCAGCUCGUCCAGGCCUGCGGGGCCCUGGGCGACAAUGUCUCUCACGCCGAAGCCCACGAGUUCUGGAAGAGCGAGGAGAAGCUCUACUGCAUCAACUUACUCUACUUGUUCUCGGUCUCUCACAUCCUGCUCCUGGUACAUCCCACCUGCUCCUUCGACAUCACUUACGACCGCCUGUUCCGAGGCCUGGACAGCCUCAGGCAGAAGGUCCUGCCCUACCUGAAGAACGUGAUCAAGGACAGCCCAGUGGGCAAGGAGUGGAGGUUGAACUGCAGACCCUGCCCUCCUCGGCUUCUUUUUAUUUUCCAGCUGAAUGGAGCUUUGAAGGUCGAACCUAAAAGCUUGGAACCCUCCAGCCUCGAUAAACCCAAGAAGCACUCUCCCAAGAGGAGACUGCAACACGCCCUGGAGGAUCAGAUUUACAGGAUUUUUCGAAAGAGUCGGAUGUUGACUAACCAGAGUAUUAAUUGUUUGUUUACAGUCCCUGCUAACCAGGCGUUUGUUUACGUGCUUGCUGGACAAGGGGACGACCCGAUCAGUAUGUUGAUAGGACAACUGAGGAGCACAUGUGCGAUUAAGGAACACGAGUCCCUCCCAAUCUCUGGAUCAAGGCGCUACCAGAUGAUGAGGAAUGUCCGCCAGCCAUCAUUUACACUGGAAAGCAGCCCCAACAGCUCCAGUGGGCAGCUGGUGGACUGCACCCUAAAGGAGUUUCUUUGGCAACACGUGGAGUUAGUUCUGACCAAGAAGGGAUUUGAGGAUAGUGUCGGGAGGAAUCCCCAGCCAUCACAUUUUGAGCUGCCUGCCUAUAAAAACUGGCUGGCCGCUGCCUCAAAACUUUAUGACAUGAUGAUAAUGGGAAAGGAUGAUGAUGCUGGAUUUAUUUCUGGAGAUCUUUCUGCCAAGAUCCAAGGGCAACUGAAGGCCCUGGAAGGCUUUUUAGACGCGGACACUAAAUUUUCUGAUAACCGCUGCCAAAAGGCCCUGCCACUAGCUCAUAGUGGUUACCAGUCCAAUCUGCCCCACCAUUACACAACAACUAUCCAUAAGAACCAGCUGGCACAGGCCCUGCGCAUCUACAGUCAGCACGCCCGGGGACCAGCCUUCCAAAAAUAUGCCUUGCAACUCCACGAAGAUUGCUACAAGUUCUGGAGUAAUGGCCACCAGUUGUGUGAAGAGAGAAGUUUAACAGAUCAACAUUGCGUUCACAAAUUUCAUCUGCUUCCGAAACCAGGAGAAAAACCAGAGCCUGACAGGAACCCACCUGUACUGUAUCACAACAGUCGUGCUCGUUCCACUAGUUCCUGCAACUGUGGCCGGAGACAAGCUCCUCGUGACGAUCCCUUUGACAUCAAAUCCGCGAAUUACGAUUUCUACCAGCUCCAAGAAGAGAAAUGCUGUGGGAAGCUCGAGCAUUUUUAUUUCCCCAUCUUCCAGCCCAGUACACCGGACCCAGCUCCAGCCAGGAACGACUCCACCUCAUCCUCGCUGGCCCCGCAGGAGGGAGAAGGGGAGAAAAUGAAAGAGAAAGAGGCUCACACGCAGGGGGAGAGCACCAGCCUGAGUCUAGCGCUCAGUCUCGGACAGUCCACAGACAGCCUUGGUGCAUUUCCUCCUGAUCCCCAAGCAGGAGGGGAUAAUCCCGACGCACAUGGCCAGGGUGGAGAAGCAAAACCAGAGAAAAGGCCAAGUAUUGUGGACCGUCAAGUGUCAACUGUGGAAUACCUGCCUGGCAUGCUCAACUCCAGUUGUCCCAAAGGACUGCUGCCUAAAUUCUCCAGUUGGUCGUUUAUUAAACUGGGCCCUUCCAAAGCUUACAACUUUCACAGGGGUCUGGACCAGAGUGGCUUCAUUCCAGGAACUAAUUACUUGAUGCCAUGGGAUAUCGUCAUCAAAACCAGGCCUGAAGAUGAAGUGGAUAUGGACAGUAAUUCAUGGCCUGCUCCCAACAAGUCCGUCCCCACCAAACGGGCUGGCACAGUGGUCGGCAGAGGGAGACGAAGGGAUGACAUCGCCCGUGCGUUUGUUGGCUUUGAGUACGAGGAUUCCCGGGGACGGAGGUUCAUGUGCUCUGGACCAGAAAAGAUAAUGAAAGUGAUGGGAAGCGGACCAAAAGAGUCGGCCAUUAAAGCCCUCUCCUCAGACAUGCCCCUGUACAUCCUGUCUCCCUCCCAGGGCCGAGGACCUAAGCCACAUUAUGCCCAGCUCAUGAGGCUGUUUGUUGUGGUUCCGGAUGCCCCGUUGCAAAUCAUCCUCACACCACAGGUGCAGCCAGGACCCCCUCCAUGCCCAGUGUUUUACCCUGAGAAACAAGAGAUCGUGCUCCCUCCAGAUGGCCUGUGGGUGCUUCGGUUCCCUUAUGCCUUUGUCACAGACCGCGGGCCGUGCUUUCCUCCGAAGGAAAACCAGCCACUGAUGAGUUACAGGGUGAUGCGGGGGAUUCUUAAGGCUGUUACACAGUGAUCAUUCUUCAGUUACUAUGGUGCACGGAAGCAUAUGAUGGAUAGAAAUCAGUUCCCACCCCACCCACGCCUACCAUUUUUGCAGCCAGUGAGUUGAGGUGGAUUGAACUUCACACUCACAAUUUAGUGAUGGGAACUCUUUCCUCCCCAGGCCAGGCAUGUCUCCAGGUGUCUGAAAGUACACGUCUGCUUUUGCCAAAGGAUUACAGUUUCCAAUCAAAACAGACCUCAAGUUUGCAGAUGCAUCCUGUUACAGUUACUGAUAACUAUUGGGGAGUUCAUUAAAGAACUGUACAGGUACCAGUGCAUUUGGUAAAACUUCCUUUUGUGAGUUUUCCAGUAAAGCUCCCUCACCUUGUCCUGGGAGCCCGUAAAGGGAGUUGAUAGUGGCACCUAAACGACUGGUAUUUGUAACACAAAAUAUGAAUUUGUAACACAAAAUUUUGUAACACAAAAUAUGAAUUCAAAUGGGAAAGUUUAACCAUUCAUUAAAAAAGUCUUGUUAUUGCAGUACAUCCUGGAAAGCCAACCCAGGGCUCUGAUUGCUCUAUAAACUGGCCAUUGAGGACUUGUCAGAAACCCACAAUUGCACUGCAUCCUGUAACAGAUUCCCAGUCGUCUCUGUUGUGAUAACUUUAGCCCGGUGAAUAAAACUGGGUUUGCACAGCCGUACUGCAUUGAGUGUUCAAAGAUAAAUUACCAUCAGAGUGUGACAGCUUGAAAUUCUGAUCAUCUGGACUGCUGAAUCCUGGCUAUCAGGUAGAAAAGCGUGAACCGGUUAUGGUUUGGUUAUUGAGUCUGUCCAUUUAGGUAAAUUGUGUAAAAUUCUUCAGCGUCAUAAGUGUUGGAUAGUCCAACAAUGUAUAUAUACUCUGCAAUACCAAAAUACCCCUGAGAAUCUUAUUCCAUUUCAGUUAUUCUUAAAUGGGUCUAUUCUGAGUCACCAGAAUGGUGGCUCAGUAUUCUCACUGCAUUACUGCUCCUGUUUUUUAUAUAGACUUUAAUAAGACCAAAACAGGCUUGUUUUACCUUGUGUUUCCAAAUUAGAACAUGCCCUCGGAAAAUGGGUGAUUUACUUCAAUUGUAAAGCUUGUAAUUCACCAAGCGGAGAUUUUAUUUGUGAGGUUAUCAUUGCUGGUACAAAUCUAACUGCAAAACAUACAAGGGUAGAAAUUCUAUAUGGGUCUAGAUUUACUCUAUAUAUGUAAUAUUUUGGAGCAGUUUGUUAAAUCCAGUCUUUCAAGUUGAUUUUAUAUGGUUCAAAAAGAACUUGAGAACCCAACUUCAAAAUUAACGCUGUAUUUAAGAACUUGCCAAAUUCUGGAUGCUUUAAAAUACUACAGUAUAUAGAGUCAAGUGGCAUUUUCGUCCAGUGAUGCUUACAUUAGUUGACAGAUUGGUUUACAGCUAAACGGGGGGUGGUUCAUUUAAGAACCGUCUUACUCAGGCAGAAAUAUUUAAGAGUUUAUAAGUCACAAGCCAAAUGAGCACGAAUGGCUGAUGUGGAUUUGUUUUCACUAAUAGCUCUUGUUGUAGCUUUCGUCAAGGUUUCAGUAAUUCAGUAAUUCACUCCAGCCCAGUGCAGAUGCAGCCAGCAUAGAAAAAAGAUCCAAUUCCAGAAGCUCUCAUUCAUAAAAACGAUCAUAGACAAUGACUUUUCUGGUGAUCUAGCAAUUGUCAUGUUCUCUUCACAUCCCUGACACUAAACACAUUGUGUUUUUACUUCCUCUCAUCAUCUUUUUGCCCUCUGCUCCAGAAGGUGGUUGAUUCCGUUCCCCCACUCCCCUCCCCUGGACUCUCUGAUACUUUACUCAAGUGGUCUUUCUUCAAAUGUAAUCCUUGGUGGUGAGUUAUUAACUGGAUAUUUAUCCACUGGGGCAUCUUAGCCAAAUCUUAAUUUUGCCCUCAUCCAAUAUCCACACAUGAAAACCUCUAGUAAGGGUAGCUGAAAGCGAUCAGGAGAUGGAAUUCUUGCUGAAUCUCCUCUCACUAACCCUGUAGUGCCUCAAGUGUUGUCUCGGCAGAGAUCAGGGCAUAAGUACUUUGCCCGUCAACUCUCAUCUCUACUUUGUAAUGAGGCUCAUUUUUCAGACACUGAGGCUUCAGACCCUGCGCACGCUCUGGUGGAGGUGUGAGGUGAAGAGGACAAGCAGGUAAGAAAAAAAAGUCUACUUGCUUCAUCCUCUAGUAAGUAAAUAUUUUUUAAAUUUGGAGAACUUGAUUUGCCCAUGUCUAAUGGCAGAAUUGUGAAGCCAACAGCUCUGGAUGAGGGGUGGCAAGUGGGUGCGAAAGCAGAAGAAGGUGUUUGAAAACUUUCCCCAGCAUACGAAUAUUCUUUGCAGUUGCAAUGUUAUGAUACCUGCCUCCUGAUGUAAACCACUUCUCACAUUGAUUUUCCAAUACUAGAAUGAAUUAAAGUGCAAUUAGAAAAAAAAAUGUUUAAACUACAAUGCAUUGUUUAACUUUAUUUUGGUGGCGAGGAUACUGCUGGUAUUAACAGGUGGUGGAUUUCCAAUUCCCUGUACUCCAAAGAGGCAGAAUUUUGAUUAGUGAUUAACAGUAUAUUCUAUGAAGUGCUUUAAGGCACUAUAUCAAAUGCAAGGAUGAUUAUUAUUAUUAUUAAGCUUUUAAUCCAUUGAAGAAGAACUUUGAGCCUUUGCUGAGAAAACAUUGUUCAGGGUGAGAAGGAAGUUUAAACAGGUUCAGUGACAAUAUGGUUGGAGGACAUGGUGUGGUAUUUUUCCUCCUAGACCUUCCCUACCUUUACUACUUCUUGCACAUCUGUACCUUUUGUUUUUUCCUUAUACUUCUGUGGGCAUAAUUGGCUUUUUCAUGUGUGUGUAAUCUCAGCCAGUUCAGUCCCAAGGAGCAUCUGCUUACUCAUGUUCAAUCAAUUUGCAGACUUUUUUAAAAAAAUUGUAAAUUCUGGAAGUGUGAAAUAAAAACUCAACAGCUGGAAA